AUGCUGACAGCCCGGAGAGUACCCAGGGCGUGUCAGUCAUGUCGACUACAGCUACUCUCAUUGUUCGAGGAUGGCUUCACAAAUUCAGCGAACAGAAAUGCCUUACGAGCGCGAUACACCACAUCUCUACGCCCCUGUGCACGAGUCCUUCAACACAAAGCAAGCUCGCAGAUCCGGAAGGUCUCAAAUAAGACCGAAUCUAUACGGGCUGAUGAUCCCCAGCCAGACACGAAGGUGACGAGUGUGGCGGAAAUGGAGUCAGUGGUCAGACAAGCAAGACAAACAUUUGGGGAGACUCUACCAAAAGAUUAUUUGUCUGCAAGCGAGUACAUUCUCUACGAAAGAUUAUACGGCCCCCCGCUACGAGAAACCCAAGCUGAGGAUUUGGAAUAUCUGCCAGAGGAGGAGGACGAGAUUGACGAGUCGCAGCAGCGGAAUGUGCUUUUGAGGGAGUUGCCUGACGGUGAAUAUGAGGAAGUUGAAUUCGAUCCGGAAUUGGGGUUCUCUGUGAUGGUGGAUGAAAAUGUUGCAGCCCUGGCAGAAGCUGCAGAAAUAGAAGGGCAAGAAUUGGGCAUGGCCGAGGAGGAGGAAAUAGAGAUGGAUGAAGGCAUGGAAAUUGAGCAAGAGGUUGAGAUAGAUGCCCAUACAGUCGACGGAAUCCAGGUCCAAGGUCAAAAUCAACGCGAGAUCGAUGCCAUUGCACGGCUCCAAAAGGAUAUGGAUGCCGCACUAGCACAAUCGGCUCAAGAGGAAGAAGAAAUCGACGAGGAAUACGAAGAGGCGGAAGAAGAAGUCGAGGAGGAGGGGGAGGAAGACGAGCCGGAUUUUGGAUACAGAGAUUCCAAUACCGUGCGAACGCAUCCUCAUACCAUGACCGGCCGAAUGGGAACAUUCCCAAGUACACUCACCUUACCACAAGCAAACCUUGUCGAACCCGUCUCCGAGCUCUUGGAGCGCGUAAACGCGAAACAUCUUGCAGAAACGGCGGAGAAGGCUUUUGGUGGUCUCGGUCUGCCGUAUUCGUCGUCAACCCCUGCAUCCAAGGCCCAUCUACAACAGAAGCCGAUAGGGCUGGAUGCGUUUCAACAUAGGAUGUCCGAAGUGGAGGCAGAUGCAUAUCUUGCUGCCGUCAUGCCAGGAACAUAUGCUUCGGUGAUGAGCACGCUAGUGGAAGUACGAAAGCGACUCGGUGCCCAAUGGCUUCGAAAUCUGAUCUAUCGAGGCGGUGGGCAAGGUCCCAGAGUUUUAGAUGCAGGCGGUGCAGGUGCUGGUAUAGUUGCGUGGAAAGAGAUUGUACAAGCAGAGUGGGAUGUUCUCAGGGAGGAAGGCUUAGCUCAGGGGGAUCUUGCCCCUGAGGGAAAGACCACUGUUCUUACGGGUUCCAGCACUGUAAGAGAGCGAGUCUCUCGAUUUCUCGAGAAUACCACUUUCCUACCACGUCUACCAGAUUAUAUUCAUGCCUCUAUUUCCAAGGCUAGUUCCAAGGCAGGUAAUGAUGCAGUGCCUCCCCAAGGCCGAAAGUUAUACGACGUUAUAAUCGCCCCGCAUACCCUUUUUCAAUUGAAAGAAGACUACAGGCGCAAGAAUAUGGUUCAGAACUUGUGGUCUCUUCUUGAUCCCAAAGGCGGUGUUCUCAUUCUCAUUGAAAAGGGCAUUCCUCGAGGAUUUGAAGCAAUUGCUGGUGCUCGUUCGCUGUUGCUCGACCAUCACAUUGCGUCGCCAGGUGAUGCAAUAACUGAAAACGAAAUCGAAUCACCCGCUUCAGAGCACGCGCGAUUCGUGGACAAGGAGGAAGGCAUGAUCAUUGCACCAUGUACGAAUCACACGAAAUGUCCCAUGUAUCUCACGCCUGGCCUUAGUAGCGGAAGGAAGGAUUUUUGCCGUUUUGGCCAACGCUUCAUUCGCCCUGCAUACCUACAACGCGUCCUAGGGGCCAAAAUUCGCAACCACGAGGAUGUCAAGUACAGCUAUAUAGCAGUUCGGCGGGGCAUCGACGGUAGGAAAGGCAGAAUCCCCAUUCUGCAAGGCGACGAAGCUACAGAUCAGUCAUUUGAAGGCUACGAAGAAUACGAUCUCCCCGACUCGGAACUUUCAGGAGAACCAGGUGAGAUCAGAUUUCACCCUCAAUCUCUUCCCCGCACCGUCCUCUCGCCCCUCAAACGCCGUGGUCACGUCACCCUUGAUCUUUGCACACCAUCUGGCAAGCUCGAACGCUGGACUGUCCCCAAGAGUUUCAGCAGGGCCGCCUACCGUGACGCGCGAAAGUCUAAGUGGGGAGAUCUUUGGGCACUGGGCGCAAAGACGAGAGUGCUCAGACAACCUCGAAUGGGUAGGCCGGCCGAGGAAACCGGCAGAGGGGGAAAGUUGAAGGGGGUGCGAGAUGGGAGGCAAGGCAAGGGUGGGAAGAAGGUUAAGACCAAUAAGUUUAAUGUUAUUAUGGGCAAAGAGGGCUUCGAGGGCAUUGAGCAGGAUAUAAGUCAGGCUAAGUUUGUAAAGGCCGGAAAGAGGACGAAGGGUGGCAGGGUUUACAAGGAGAAGAAGCCGAUUUCAGAGGAUGAUUUAUAA